ACGCCACGCUCGCACGUUACGCACUUCCUCAGUGCCGGUUACGAAAACAUGCGUGUUGCGAGUAAAUCUUGCCUUCGAAGAUUUCUCUCAUUUACGUGCCUUCGCCAUGACAUUAAUGCGUGGUGCUCUACUGCGAGCGCUGCACAGGGCCCUCGACAUCUUUGUAAGGAUCCGGUGAUCAUAGACGGCAAGCAGUACGAACCCAGCGACCAAUGCAACCUCACGGCGCGCAUCCUGGAGCAAACCACUCGAAAGUUGCACCUGAAGGAGUGUCAUCCCUUGUAUCUGGUUAAAAGGAGAAUAACCGAUUUUUUCGAGGAGAAGUACACAAAUCGUCGGGGAAAUCCGGCAUUUUCUGUUUAUGAUCGACUCAGCCCCGUGGUGACGUUGGAGCAGAAUUUCGACAGCCUGCUGGUGCCAGCCUCUCAUCCAUCGCGUUGCAAAAGUGACAGCUACUACAUCAACAACGAGCUGAUGCUACGGGCGCACACAUCAGCUCACCAGCGUGAUCUAGUGAAAGCAGGCCUUGACGCAUUCCUAGUCGCUGGAGAUGUGUAUCGGAGAGACGAGAUCGACAGACACCACUACCCGAUCUUUCACCAGAUCGAAGGCGUCCGGCUGUUUUCAGCAGACGAACUGUUUCCUGGGAGAAAUCAUGGUUUGUCCCUGUUUGAAAGUGGUAACCGUGAGUCCGACAAACAGGGUCUGCAUACACGUGAAGCGGCCAAACUUCUAGAGCAUAGUCUCAAGACAUGCCUGCAGGGGCUUGCUCAGCAGCUGCUUGGCCCUGAAACAGAGAUCCGUUGGGUGUCAACAUAUUUCCCGUUCACACACCCAUCGUGGGAGCUCGAGGCAAAGUUUCAAGGGGACUGGUUGGAGCUGUUGGGCUGUGGCAUCAUGGAACAAGAAAUUCUUUUUAAUGCUGGUGUGGAGCACAAAGUUGGCUGGGCUUUUGGUGUGGGCCUGGAGCGACUUGCCAUGGCCCUGUACAGCAUCCCUGACAUCCGUGCUUUCUGGAGUACUGACCCAGCCUUCCUUGCUCAGUUUGAACACAAUGACCCCUAUCAGCCGGUUGUCUUCCGGGAACUAAGCUGUCACCCUCCAUGCCUGGCAGACAUGUCUUUCUGGGCACCUCCCGAGUUUUCGGCAAAUGACUUCUUUGACAUUGUUCGUUCUUGUGGUGGUGACCUUGUGGAACGUGUGGAACAUAGAGAUACCUUCAUCCACCCGAAGACCCAUAGGACCAGCCACUGCUACCGGAUAGUGUACCGACACGUGGAACGGGUGCUUGUCCAAGCAGAAGCCAAUGCCAUUCACAAGCAGAUUGGUGCAAAAGCAGAGGAGCUCCUUGGUGUUGAACUGCGCAUCAAGUGAACUGCAUUUGUGCUGUGUGAACCCAACCUGUGUGAACAUUUCUACAGAUGAGUACAUAAAGUGGCAGGAUAUUUGUUAAUGACAUAGUGAUGAUCCCAGGCUGCCUAAAUGAUGCCAAGGCAGUCAACUGCAAUUUGCUUUUUUUUUCUGUUUUUUUGUUUUUUAAUGAAUAAACAUAGGCCAGUGUAGUGUUCUUUUUUUUCCGAUUUGUUACUGGUGGUAAUUAUGAAUUUUUUGUUGGCUGUGCUUGUCUGCGUGCAAAGGACUACUUCUGCUUGCUAUUUUAAAAAUGUAGCCCGACCUAAUAUUUUGUUUUAGUGUAUCAGGAUAAUGAAAGCCUCUGUAAUUCUUAAUGGACUUAUUGAUGAGGGUAAAAAAAAAGCAAAGCACCAUCUUUUCUUCUAAUAACAUAUUGUGUCUCGUUCAGGCUUUUGUUUUCAAUGCUCUGCCUUGGUUACAUCAUAAUUCUUGAUCAACCAUUUUACUGCAACAAGGUUAUGGCAAUUAUGUAAACCAUAAAUGUACGCACUCUGAAAGCCAAGUAGCCAAUGAGUGUUAUUCUUAUCCAUGUUAACUUUCCGCACAAAAAUUAUAUGACGAUGGAAAGGAGAUCACAUGAGACGAGCAUGUGUGCUCUCCUUUUCGUUGUGUUCUAAUUUUUGUGCUGAAGUUUCAACAUGAAUAUGAACCUAUUUGCUCACUUUACCCGUUUUCUAAGUUGCUUUUAUGUUAGUAAUAAAAGUUCUCACAUGUAAUAUUUAUUCUGCGCCUUCUCCAAAUCUACCAUUUUUUUGCUUGUUGUAAGGUGGGCUGCAGUAGAAAUAAGUACAUACUGUUAUUUUUUUUUUUUUAAGUUUGUUAAAUCGCAUGGAACAUAUAGCGUAAUUCAGCCUGUUCAGAUGGAUUACUUGAAUAGGCAGACAUUACUUACAUGACAUAUUGUUAUGUCUGGGUCACUCAUUCACUUUUCAAUUACGGUAUUCACUUUAGGCCACAUGUUGGAACUGUUAAAUUGAAGCUGAGCAAUAGUGAGGUCAUGUUUGCUUGGCAGUACUCCUAAUAUUAUCCCCUAUUUUAAGAUAUCCAUCUCUAAAGUCUGCUAAAAAAUACAUUGGUGUUCCAGUUAAUGUCAUUCAGAACUGCUAGAGGGAUGCUUUUGGAAAACAUUUAACACCAAUAUACUUUGAGCACAUUUUUAGGAAAGCUACAGUGAAAGUAGUGCUAGUCUCGGGAUUUCUGCUAAGCAUAUACAUGUGCUCUGAAGUGAAUAAUUAAAAAAAAAACUUCUCAUCUAGCUACCUGGACAUUGCAAUUUCUCAUGCAGGUAAUUUCUGCCUCUUCUGGAAAUCCACCUAAAAGAUGGAACAGCGCUAUAUGUCGCAGGUAUUUUUUUUUUUUU